AUGGACCAAUUACGCCCCUUCACUACUAGUUUCCACGAAGACGUCAAAUACAAUGGUUCUGGAUACUGGCUACACACAAUUGACGCGAAGAUGCGAGGCCCUAAACUAGCAAAAUUGUCUUGCACAAUCCCUCCUGAAUUGGACGUAGGUAGACAACAUACCGACGAGGAACUUAACGAAAUUGGCUACAUUCGACUAGAGCCAGGUGUUUGUCAUUUUGUAGCAGCUCCUAAUGCACCUGAUGGCAAGCGAUUUGACCACGCAUACCUUUCUGCAACCGAGAUUGAGAAGGUUGGUCUUCUCAACCGCCUGGUUCAAGUUCGAGAAAAGAUGCUGCAUCCCGACUUGCAGCCGAAGCUACAUACCACGAUGGCGAAGGUACGAAGCCGUAAAGUUAUGGAAGGCCAUGCAAAGAUCUACGAGCUCGGAAUCACGGUGCAAAAACGUACAGGCCGGCACAGUAUUCAAAACGGAGUCAUACUUCGAAGCGACGUUGACAGAGACAAUCGAGAUUUGGUAGUAGAACUCACAAGCAUUGCGAAUGCAAUACUCGAGACCUAUGCGCCUGGAAUGAGAGAUGAAUUUCGAGCGAAGCGUCGACUACAACGUCCUCCCCUCACGAUUGGUGCUGACGAAAACAACACCAUCACUAGUAUACAGGUAAAUUAUCUCGAGAUAGAUGAAGGUAUGGAUGGACUUCGAAAGUUUGGACACGGACACAUCGACGAGCGGGAUCAUGCCAAUAUGUUUACAGUGCUAUUCUUCCUCGGAAACCCGCCUCCUGAUUAUCACGUAGGAAGUUUUGUGUUGCUAGGCGAGAGAACUGUAUGUCCAACUGCACCCUUGUCAGCUCUCGUGUUCUCUGGGAAAAGUUGGCAUGCUGGUAUUGCUCCUAGACGAUACGAUGCCGAUACACCAGCAUCACUACGCUACGUAUCGCCAGUACUAAUUCCAGAAUUGCCCGCAGGGACUCCUCUCAUGCGCUUGUCUGUUGUUGCUUAUCCUAAUAGGAGAAUGAUGGAUUUACACCCACAAGAACUCGGGUACGAACUCUUCACGUCUGCUGGCAGCGCCUGUUUCCAAAGCCAGAAGAAGUAUCAAGAGUGGAGGAUGUCCUAUUACAUUGCGCAUGAGCGAGCCAUGGUAGCACUAGAGGCAUUGGAGAAUCGGGAAAGACUGGGCGAGAAACGACCGAAGAGGAAGGGCGAUGGAAGGGAUCGGUAUGUUCAGCUAGAUACUACCGGUAUCGUACGACAUACACUACCAUCGUACUUUGUCGACAAAUUCCAAUGGCGCGAUGAACUAACCGGCCAAGUGAUGUUCCCAUCCACACAAUUGGCAAUCGACACAAUUGCACAAAUGGGACAGCCUAAUCAAGAAUGGGACAAUCUUUCUAAGGAUAUGGCACUCGUUAGCCUUGGUGGAAAGGCACUUGGGAAGAGGAAGCUUUCAGAAAUGAAGAUGCUGGAGGCUGAAACUCCUGAAAGAUCCAAGAGACUGAAGUCAAACGAAAGCGCAAAUGAAAUGAAGAGUGCUGAGUCCCAGCUGGAAGAAAGAGUUGGUAUGGUCGAGGGGGAAUUCUAUCGAUGGGAAGAAUUCUUGAUUGGACAGGACAAUGGUGAUGAUAUAGACCACCAAGAGCGAGCUCGGGAGAGACUUGAAGACCGGGAAUCAUUUGGGGCUCCGUGA